AUGGCUAAAAAGACCUACUCUGCGCGUCCAACUAGCGCAAGGUCCUAUGCGCAGGCGCAGAAGGACACCGAGGCUGGGCCGAGUGCUAGUGUGGCUGAGCUACUCGACCGAUCAGAGAUGGCAGAAGUAGAAGAGACCUUGAAGCGACUGCAGAGCCAGAAGGGCGUGCAGGGAAUCAUUGUGGUGAACACAGAAGGCAUUCCCAUCAAAAGCACCAUGGACAAUUCCACGACCACACAGUACGCCAAUCUCAUGCACAACUUCAUCCUGAAGGCACGGAGCACGGUGCGAGAAAUCGACCCCCAAAAUGACCUUACCUUCCUUCGAAUUCGCUCCAAGAAAAAUGAAAUUAUGGUUGCACCAGAUAAAGACUAUUUCCUGAUUGUGAUUCAGAAUCCAACUGAAUAA